CAGCAAAUCAAUAUUUGCACCAAAAUAUGUUGCCACUUUCUCUCCUUCCGAAGAUCUUUAAGAAGGAUGCCAAUGGUCACGCAAAAGAUGUAGAUGAGGAAGAUGAAUCUUCGCCAGAGGCCAUUCUAGCAUCAUUUACAAACGGCAGAGUUCGUACUAUCUCUGCAUCAUCGACAAAAUCGUUGAAAGGAGAGGAAAAGCUUCGACAACAAUUAAUGGUACUUUCAGAACAAGAGGAAUUGGUUCAAGGAUAUAUUCAAGAGGCUACUAGGAAACGCAAGUUUGAUGAUGUAAAAACUUUAAGGGCUUCUUUAGAUGAAUUAAGAAUGGAAAUUGAUAAGAAAAAAAAAGAGCUUGGUGAAUUAUUCUAG